AUGGACGCAGCGUCAAUCGAAGAAAUUAACAAAGUCCGGCGGGCGCUCGGCAUGAAGCCCCUGCCGGUGCCGGGCGCUGCUCCAGAACCGUCCGACACCAAGAAGCCGUCCUCUACGGAAGACGACGAGCCAGGAAGCACGCUCGAGAGCCGCGAGGCGCAAGCGACCGAGAACUUCAAGAAGGUGCGCGAAGCGGAAGAGGCGCGACGCCGGCGCGAGGAGAAGGCUGCCGCGAUCAAGAAGGCGCGCGAGUUGGCCCUGCGCAAUGCGGUUGUCGAGGGCAAGACGCUGGCUGACGAGGUCAGUGAUGAUGAGCUGGAUGUGAAGAAUUGGUUGAAGGGGCAGAAGAAGAGGCAGAAGAAGCUGGAGGAGGAGAAGAGACGGCGUGAAGAGCAGGAGCGCGCGGAAAGGGAGAAGGAGAAGGCUGCUGCUGCGGAGCACAGUUUGGCGGGCGUGAAGGUCGCGCAUGAUUUGAACGAUUUCUUGGGGGCGGAGGAGCAGAUUUUGACGUUGAAGGAUACAGGUGUGUUGGAGGCAGAAGAAGAAGGCGAUGAGUUGGAAAAUAUUGCGCUGCGCGAGCAGGAGAAGUUGAGGGAGAAGCUGGAGCUAAAGAAGAAGAAGCCGGUUUAUGACCCGACGGAGGACGAGACUAUGCAAGGAGGCAUCUUGUCCAAGUAUGAUGAGGAGAUUUACGGAAAGAAGAAGAAGGCCUUCACCAUUGACCUUAACGGGGUCAGCACGGUGUCUGGGGAGGGAGCAAUCCAGAACGUGUCGGCGCCAGUGGAGAAGAAGCAAGUGGCAGUGGCAGUGGAUUCCAUUGAUGAUAUUCUUGGACCGGAAACCGCUGCACCGACGUCAGAUUACCUAGACCCGUCCGAAGUGAAGGUCAGGAAGCCAAAGAAGAAAAAGUCCAAGUCAACACGGCGACAAAAGGACGAAGAUGAUAUCCUCUUCCAAGGAGAUAUGGCCAACGGCGAGGAAGAGCCCCAAGAGAUGGAGAUCGACUCGGCCGCGGCGACAGUCCCCAAGAAGAGGCGAAUCGUGGACGACAACUUUGUCGACGACGACGAUCUACAAUCAUCCCUCUCUAAACAGAGACGAGAAGCCCUCAAGAAGAGGAAACGGCUGCGUCCAGAGGACCUGGCACGGCAAUUGCGCGAGCAGACUGGAAACGGCAACGGCGAAGCAGAGGAUGAAGAAGCCCAAGGCGAGAUCAUGGACGAGGUCAGCCGCUUCGUCGACAGCCUACAACCCGAGCUCUUGCAAGAGGAGAAGAAACUGCGCAAGCCCAAAGUGGAGGAGGUUCCUACCGUAACGGCCAUGCAAGACGAAGAAUCCUCCUCCUCUUCCUCCGAAGACGAAGACGAAGAAAUGCACGACGUCGACGCCUCCCAAUCCCUCCGCGAAACCUCCGCACCGCUCGCCGAAGUCCCCUCGACGGGCGUCGAAGAAGAAAAGACGGUCGCCCAAGGCCUGGGCGCGACACUCGCCCUCCUCCGCGAGCGUCGCCUCAUCGAAUCAGAUGGCAAGGGCGAGGAGCUCACCGAGCAGUUCCGCCAGCGCCAGCGCUUCCUGGCCGAGCUGCACCGCCGCAUGGCCCAGUUCGACGCCGAAACCAAGGCCCAGCGCGAGCGCGACCGGCAGUCGGGCAAGCUCGACCGCAUGUCGGCGCGCGAGCGCGAGGAAUGGCAGAGGCAGCAAAACGCGCUGCGCGAGCAGCACCAGGCGAGGAUUAUUGAUCAGUUGUAUAGGGAGGGCUACAGGCCGAACGUGGAGCUCAAGUAUAUUGAUGAGCAUGGGCGCAGGCUGGAUCAGAAGGAGGCGUUCAAAGAGUUGUCGCAUCAGUUCCAUGGCAAGACCUCGGGCAAGGGCAAGACGGAGAAGAAGCUCAAGAAGUUGGAGCAAGAGAAGAAGAGGAUGGCGCAGAGCGUGCUGGAUGCCAGUCAGAGUGUUGGUGGGAUGAGUACCGCGGCCAGCCAGCAAGGAAAGAAGAGACGGGAGGCCGGCGUGCGGUUGGCUUAG